CCUCAGAGGGACAGGGGUUGCUUUACUGCGACAACAGCCCCUGUCUCCCUCUCGUCUUUUUCUUUUUUUGAACUGUUCUAGCAUGGGCUCGGGGAGGAUGCUGAAGUUUGCCCUGUGUGAGGUGCUGCAGUUUGCAGGCCUGUGUGUGCCGCUCUUCAUCGUCAUGCAGAGGUUUGCUGUCAUUGUAGCAAAGGUGAAAACCUCGGCGCAGCCUCCUGGAGAUGCCAGCACGGCCUACUGGCUGAUUGUGGCCUCCGCUGUAGCCUAUGUCACAUCCACUGCCCUGUUGGUCUGGGUACCCCUGAAGUACAUGGUCUUCGUGAAAAAGAAGUUUCUCAUUGGGAGAAAGAAGUGGAGGCCUGUGGCCCUUGUAUAUGUGGUCCUGUCCACAUUACCCUGCUUUGCCUUCCUCAUUGCCAGCUCUGAGGUUCAGAUAAAUAACAACAUGAAAUAUGAUAUGUUCACGGAGCUCCCUGUAUCACUAGUCCUCUUCUCUCUCAUCUGUAUUGACGUUGUUGAGAGGAUACGCCACUGCAGGCUGACGGGCCAGGCUAAUGACAUGGAGAGAGAUGCUGACAUUCCCUCCACUGUCCUCACACAUGUGGAACAGGUAACACCAGUAAUACCUAUCAAUCCAGCUGUGUCAGGGCCAGCUGUGCCCGGGCAAGGUGUUUCCACUCCUAUGCAACCAGGGGCAAGCCAGCUCAGUGACAGGAACCAGAAUGGAGCAGGCACUCGACCGGAGACCAAUGGUACAGUCCCUGGAAUACCAGGUAAUCCUGGGAGACCAUUUAGUAUUUCUGGAUUGAGUUCACGAUCAAUGAGCACCACAGCGUACCACAUAUCUCCGUAUGCCUACACGGGUCCACUGAGAUUCCUGUGUGCCAGUGACUCCCGAGCAGAUGUGUUUGUGGACAGUUUUAUGUUCUGGAUGGAUACGGUGGAGAUGGUGCGGGUGGCAGGACACCCCCUGGUCUACUACUCAGGCUGGGUGUUCCCCAUCUAUAUCUUUAGCUACUUGUCCUGCCUGCGUGUGGUGGUCAUGCCCCACAGCCCCCUGCUUUCCUCAUUAGGAAUAGCUCUGCAGGACUUGCCCUUUUUCUUUGUGCGUGUUGGCCUCAUUGCCUUCUUUGGCUUUGUCACACCCCUCCUUUAUUUGAUGAAGAACCUGUUGGUGUGCCUGGCCUUUGUCUACUUCAACUUCAUGACCAAACUGAGGGUCUUCAAUACAGAGAGGAUGUACUUUUAAUAUCAACACUUCAAGCAAAGACAGUGCAACACUACAACAUAUAGUAGGGGCAAUCGAUUGGCACAGACAGGAUCUGUAGGAUGCUUUGAUUUAAGAAGGGGUUUCACCAGCACUCCGUGAAUUCAUACUUAGUAAAAUGGUUAGUUGAUCAAGAUUUCCUGAAUUAAAACUGGUUGCACCAUACAAUAGUUCUUACAUAUUUCUUACCAAAAAUUCUCACCCAGCUAACUGAACCAGCGAUCAUUAGCUUUCUAAUACGAGACCCAUUUACAGUAAGAAUAUGGUUGACACAUUUGACCUAGAAGGUGAUCAAUUUUGUUUAAACUUUUUUUUAAAGUUAGGAGCAAUUUAAUUCAAUUAAAUUUUAUUUGUAUAGCGUCAAUCACAACAUACAUCGUCUCAAGGCACUUUAAGGUAAGGUCGUGACCUAACAAUAUUACAGAGAAAACCCAACAGUUCCCUGUUGAGCUGGCACUUGGCGACUGUGGAGGAGAAAAAACUCCCUUUUAACAAGAAGAAAUCUCUAGCAGAACCAGGCUCAGUUGUUUACUAAAAUUUUUUUUUUUUUUAAAUAACACAUUGAAUUGCAAAAUGUUGUGCUGAUGGCAGUUUAAAUAACUAAAAUGUGUCUUUUAGGUUUGCAUAAUGUUUCCCACUCAUAGAAUGUAUGCUACUAACUGGAAUAUUUUUUCAGUGUAUGAAUAUACAUUAUUAUGUUACAGUUUAUUAUGCUAAAAUGACUGAUUAAUAUAGUUGCUUUUCUAGUUUCUAUCACUUAAAAUGAGUUGCACUGCACAAAUAGUUCUUACAUAGUGAUUGGUUGUUACAAAAUACGUAAGGAUGUAACAGUUACAACUAACUGAAUCAACUGACACUUAAUAAUGCUGUUGAUAUUUUAAGAAUGUUACAAAAAUAACACAACUUACUUUGAAUUACUGAGACAAAAUGUUUGAUCCGGUAAUCUAAGUGAGCAUCUAAAAUUGCCCUCCAAGCUGCAUGAAUACUACUUUUUCACUUUACUCUAAAAAACACAUAUCCUUAUAGCUAUAAAACAAGAUAAUAGUAGAAUAUAGUAGAAAAUAUUUAUAUAUCAGAGGCUGUAACUGUUAGAAGUUAUGCUGCUUCACAGCAUGGUGCCACAGUGAUUUCUUCUCUUUUCACAGUAUCACAGUUGUUUCCUAGAAAAUAAUUUACACAAGUAGCAAAUACACUAAGUCAAGUUCUAAUGAAGAAACUUUAAAUCAACAAAAUAAUGAGUCUAAUAAGAGCUGGUGCAACCAAACAAAUGUAUUAAUUUGUGUGUGCGACAAAGCAUUUCACCAAAAUGCAUGAUGAACAUUUUCACAGGCCAAAAGCGAGCGCUUAGGCAAUGUUUUCCUAUAUAGGACAUUAUGUGUUUAUAUGUUUUGUUAUGUAAUAUUUACCUUUUUUGUUCAAACAUACUUUUUUAGCCCCUUUAAAAUCCCUCACCCAUGGCACCUUGGAAAUGUAGCCAACAGUACCUGUAAUGUCACUUGAGAUUUUUUUGACAGACUUUUUUCUACCAUCAUAAAGUGCAGUGAAUAUGUAAAAGCAUUUAUCCAUGUUUUUUAUAUUAGGUUUUCUUUGAUAAGUUAUAUUCCAAAGAGAAAAACAAAGUGUGAGAUUGUAUCACUGAUACAUAUAUUUUGGUAAGGUUAAUAAAGAGAAUCAUUUAAAUAUGUUAAA